CUGUAAGUGAUAUUUUUUACUUUCACUUUGGUGGGGGGCGGUUGGUUAGGCAAGGCAGUGUAAUGAAAGAUUAGUCACAUUAACGGCUAAUUUUACUCACCCAGCUGUCGUUUGCAGUUGCAUUGGAUACAACACGAAGAUGGCAGAUCAGACUCUGCGGGGGCUGCGCCCGGGGCUGGUGGAAAAUUUAAACAGGGCGGUGGUGUCUGACCUGCUGGACGACCUGCAGGAGAGGAAGAUCUUUAACACAGGGGAGGUAGAGGAGGUGCAGGAGGGCCAGCGCACCACCAAGGAGAAGGCACGCAGCCUCCUUGACAUGGUGGUGAGGAAGGGACCCAGGGCCUGUGAGGGCUUCAUUGAGUGUCUGAGACAGAGGGACCAGGAGCUCUGCAGCAGACUGCAGCUGUGACAGUGCAGGUGUACGAAUGGAGGCGUUGCCAAAGGAUGGAAAUAAGACUCCCAUUGCAUAGCAAUUUGAUCCAUUCCUGGUUUUUCUAUGAGUUUAAUAAGACACACCUGCGCUUCUUACCUAUACUGUGCACUGUGGCUAAUCAGGCACAUUAAAACCUGGAAUGGGUGAAACUGUUAUGAACAGGAUUGAAGGAAGCCGAACACCAUGAGCUGCAUCCUCAGACACACUGUGCCUCACCUGAUCCUGUCAGGAACCUCAUAGUCACACUGUGCUUCACAUGAUCCUGUCAGGAACCUCAUAGACACACUGUGCCUCACCUGAUCCUGUCAGGAACCUCAUAGACACACUGUGCUUCACAUGAUCCUGUCAGGAACCUCAUAGACACACUGUGCCUCACCUGAUCCUGUCAGGAACCUCAUAGUCACACUGUGCUUCACAUGAUCCUGUCAGGAACCUCAUAGACACACUGUGCUUCACAUGAUCCUGUCAGGAACCUCAUAGACACACUGUGCCUCACCUGAUCCUGUCAGGAAGCUCCUAGCCUCACUGUGCUUCACAUGAUCCUGUCAGGAACCUCAUAGACACACUGUGCUUCACAUGAUCCUGUCAGGAACCUCAUAGACACACUGUGCCUCACCUGAUCCUGUCAGGAAGCUCCUAGCCUCACUGUGCUUCACAUGAUCCUGUCAGGAACCUCAUAGCCUCACUGUGCUUCACAUGAUCCUGUCAGGAACCUCAUAGCUUCACUGUGCCUCACCUGAUCCUGUCAAGAACCUCCUAGCCUCACUGUGCUUCUUCUUGUCAAAAGUAUUUUCCAUUGUAACGUGCAGCUUUUCAUUCACACCUAAUUUUUAAUAAAGUCUGUAUUCUAUGGUUGACGAA